UUAAACCAACUACUCUCCUAUCCUUUUCUCACCUUAAAAAUUGAGUUUUCUUGUUUCUGGUAUUGUUUUAUGUUUUCGGUUUUCAGAAUAUUAUACUACAUACUACUCCCUCUUUGUCAAUUUGUUUCUGUUAUUUUCGCCCAUCAAUGAUUUAUUUUAUUCAUGUUCAUUGAUUUUGGAAGAAUUAUAAAUGAAAAGAGCAAAUCCUCAUUUUUAUCAUCAUCUAGAUUAACCAGCCAUAAAUCAGGUGAUUAAAGUGUAAAUAAAUGGUUGGAAUAAGUCAAUAACAAAACCUGAAUGUUGAUGGAGUGAAAUGGAUAGCAGAACAACAGGAAUUGAGCAUGUUCUGGACGUGAUUGUUGUGGGAGGAGGGAUUAUGGGGAGCUGCACUGCAUACCAAACUUCAAUGAGGGGCUACUCCACACUACUGCUAGACCAGUUCGACUUCCUGCACAACAGGGGUUCCUCCCAUGGUGAGUCCCGAACCAUUCGGGUCACCUACCCUGAGCCUUAUUACUCUUCCAUGGUCCUCGAGUCUUCCAAGCUCUGGGAGGAGGCUCAAUCACAGGUUGGAUACAGGGUCCUUUACCCUACUAAUCAGCUUGACAUCGGUAAAGCCAAUGAUCGCUCUCUUCAGGCUGUCAUUCGUAGCUGUCAGUCCAACUCAGUUGAUUUUCGGGUGCUUGACCACAACCAAGUCACUCAAGAGUUCUCUGGAGGGGUGACUGUGCCUGAGGAUUGGAUUGGGGUUGUUAGUAGAGGUGCGGGUGUGAUCAAGCCAACCAAAGCUGUGUGUAUGUUUCAAACCCUUGCCCUCCUAAACGGUGCCAUUCUCAAAGACAACAUGAAGGUCGUUGACAUAAGCAGAGACAUGGGAAGUGGUUGCAUAGUGGUUUCCACAGCCACAGGGGAGAAAUUUUAUGGCAGAAAAUGUGUCGUCGCUGCAGGUGCAUGGAUGAACAAGUUAGUGAAGGCAGUUACGGGGCGUGAGGUUCCCAUUCAGCCUUUGGAAACUACCAUAUGCUACUGGAGGAUUAAGGAAGAGUAUGAAAGGGACUUUUCAAUAGAUGGGAGGUUUCCUUCCUUUGCUGGAUAUGGGAGCCCUUAUAUCUAUGGUACCCCUUCUUUGGAGUAUCCUAGUUUAAUCAAGGUCGGUGUACAUGGAGGGCGAUUCUGCGACCCAGAUAAACGAACAUGGAUCCCAGAUCCAGAGUUAAUGGACCUUCUGAAGUUGUGGGUCAAAGAGAGAUUUGGGGGUCGGGUUGAGCAUGACCGUCCAGUCUCAUCACAAUCCUGCAUGUAUUCAAUGACCCCAGACGAAGAUUAUGUGAUAGACUUCUUAGGAGGCGAGUUUGGGAAAAAUGUGGUCAUUGCGGGGGGGUUUUCCGGACAUGGAUUCAAGAUGGGUCCGGUAAUAGGGAGGGUGGUGGCAGACUUGGUGCUCCUAGGAGAAGCCAAAGGGGUAGAGAUGGAGCACUUCAAGCUAGCCAGGUUCGACGAGAAUCCUAAAGGUAACAUCAAGGAGUUUGCAGUACAAGUGGGCACUUCCAAGCUAUGACUUGAUGAUGUAUUUGAUUUCAUUUACUUUAGACCCUUGUGCUAGGCUUAAAGUGUGCGUGUGUUUGUGACUAGUAUAGUAGUAAGCAGCAAACAGUUGCUUGAAUAGUUGAAUGUAUUGUCUUAGCCUUCGAGUACUUGUCUAUUUGUUGUGGCUUUGUGGGCAAAUGAAGUAUCUUUUCUAUGUAAAA